UGGUUGCGCCCGCUGUCAGGGCGGCGGCCGCGAUGUCGGACAAGGAGUUCAUGUGGGCCCUCAAGAACGGCGACCUGGACGAGGUGAAGGACUACGUGGCCAAGGUGAGGAGUGGUUCAGGUGAAGAUGUGAAUCGGACACUGGAAGGUGGGCGGAAACCUCUUCACUAUGCGGCGGACUGUGGGCAGCUGGAGAUCCUGGAGUUCCUUCUACUGAAAGGAGCUGAUGUUAAUGCUCCAGACAAGCACAGUAUCACUCCACUCCUUUCAGCAGUCUAUGAAGACCACUUGUCUUGUGUGAAGCUGCUUCUGUCCAAGGGUGCCGAUAAGACAGUGAGUGGACCGGACGGGCUAACGGCCGUGGAAGCCACUGACAAUCAGGCGAUCAAGGCGCUUCUCCAGUGA